AUGGUGAGUGUUGUUUAAAUCAAACAAAAUUUGAUUCUUAUGAAGGCAAGGAUGUGUUCAUUACUGGAUAUAAGAAGACUUGUACAGAGCAAUGUAGCAUGGCUUUAUUUGAAUGGAAAAUUGAGUUCAUUUGUGGGAUUUGCUGAAGUUGUGGAUAAUAUAUUUUGGGAAAACAUUAAGAAAUUUUUUGGCCUCCUCUUUUUGCAUUCAAUUUAUUUGAUUGUUAUAAAACUACUAGUUUUCAAUAAACAAGACAUUUUGAAAGCUAUCAUUUCGGUGGAGUGCAUGCCAAAGUUGGGAAAACUUAAAAUUUAUCUUAGGAGAAUGUUGGGGCAGAUGUGAGGGUAAGGCCAAGUCACAUAACAUAAUUUUUACCAAGGGUAAUAAGCAAAGUAUCUUACACAUGAGUGGAUAAGUGAGAUGCAAACAUGCAAGGAGCGGAGGAAAUAAGGGCUUGCAAUGAUCACCAUUAACCAAUGGCAGUCCUAGCUGGCCUGGUACAACUGUAUUUUAAACCUGCAUUACAGGAAUCUAAAGGUGUUGGAGAACAAGGUCAAAAGGGAGAGGUAGUGGAGGUUCCUCUUUUUGGCUUCCUCAAACAGACGUAACAAAUGGACAAUCAGGGGAGGGGGGGGGCAUACCAUUCCACCCAAAAAAUUCUUGCACAGGGAAAGUGUCUAAAAAUCAAUUGACAUUGUUGCCAAUGUUCCCCUUAGAACACAAUAUUAUUAAAGAACAGCGGGGUUAUUAAGGGGUCCAUUUUAGAGUUGAGAGAGAGAGAGAGUUGGCUGUAAAACCAAAAACUUUUAAGACAUAAUUGAUUAUUAUUAUUAUUAUUAUUAUUAUUAUUAUUAUUAUUAUUAUUUGUCAUCUUCAGCUUCAACGUCAGCUUGAUGUUGACAUUCUUAUUUAUGGCCACACCCACAAGUUUGUGGCAUAUGAACAUGAGGGAAGGUUUUACAUCAACCCAGGAGCUUAUAAUCCACUGCAAAGGUAAGACUCUCCUUCACAUUGGUUGGGGAGCCAGGGCAUGGGGUGAGGGUUUGAUUGUUUUUGCUGGCCCUGGGGUGGGGCAUUUGACUGAUCUUGUUCUCCUAGGGGAGGGGAUAUUUGCCUCUUUCUGCGCCCAACAUGCACUGGGAUCAAUUAAACCUUUUCUAGAUAUUGCUGUAUCAAAGUAAAGGAAGCUCUAUUUUCAAAACAAAAAACACCAUCAGGUUAAAAUUGUGCAGAGAGCUGUAAUUUUCAAGAGACCUUUAACCCAAGAGAGGUAAAACCUUAGCAUUUUUUUCUGUAAUUUUGAAUUUUAUGACCGUUUUUGUAGAUAAUGUGGAAGUAAGUGCCUCAAUAAGCAACAGUUUUAAAAAUAUAUUUUAUUUGGUGCUAUUCACAAAGAGCCUAACAUCACAUCCUUAUGUAUUAUCCAUGGGACAGUGUUUUAGUUGAUAUGCCUAACUAUAAUUUAGAUUGGGCUCAAUACAAUGUUAAUAGAGUGCACUUAAAAUUUGAAAUGACUUUUUAUGCUUUACAGGACUAAAAUGUUUUGGUUCUGGCAACAAUGUGCAGCCAGGGGUGGGGAAAAUUUUGUACAUUUGACUGGAAUGAUUUGCCCAUGAGCAGGGAAUUUGACAGUAAAUGUUUGAAAAAUGCCAAAUCAGGUCAUUCAGGUGAAACAAGCCAACCUUGCGACUUCAUUGCUCUCUCGGUCAUUGCAGAAGGUCAUUAAAGCUCACUUUGUUCACUUUUGAGAACUUAGGAGAGGUUGACUUGUGGCAAGGCCCCAAGAAUAUUAUGAUACCCAAACAUCUUCAGUAGCAACGUGAAGUUUGGUGUUAAGCUUUACCCAACACUUCUACGACUGUCUGACAAAACAAGGGUUGGAAACUUAUUUUUUUUUUAACUUCUGUAGAACAAUAUCAUAAGAGAGAAAAGUUUGACAUUCCAUGAAUUUUUUAUGUAUGGAAUUUAAACCUCUUUAUUCCUCAAGGUGCUUAUGCUUUGUAAAGUUGUUUUUUUUUUUUUUCUUAUUUUUCCACCUAUCCACCUGUCAAGAUAUGUGACUGUAAGGAAAAAUUAGAUGUAAUCACUGUUGGAAUGUUGUUUCUUGUAGUGACAUUGUGCCGUCAUUUGUUCUGAUGGACAUUCAAGCUGGUACUAUUGUCACCUAUGUGUAUCAGCUGAUCAAAGAUGAUGUGAAGGUGGAAAGAAUUGAGUACAAGAAACCUGUAUAG